UGCGUGCGGUGGAGAAUGGAAGUGAGCGCACGCAAUGUCGUUAUUUAAAGCCGCUUUUAUAAAUCUGUGAAUAAUUAUUUCUUUAGGGAAGGAAUGUUUUAGAGCUCCUGUCGGUGCGGUCAACUCGUCUGUGGGACUGAAUGUGCGCGGAUUUAGGAAUUAGAGAGUAGAUCUUGGUCAGAUGAGCAGCAGCAGGACUCAGAAUAAAAGGCGGCCUUUCUGCAGAAGCCUUGUGCUCCAGCAUGUAGACGCCUCUUCCUGUAGUCUUCGCCAAUGAAAAUGGAGGAGACGGCCCUGUCCGGAAUGGACAACAGCAAAAUGGAGGGCAUUGCUCAGGAGAUCCUCUCCGAUCUGGUGGAGGACGCAUGUCUGGGGCUUUGCUUCGAAGUUCACCGGGCUGUCAAGCAAGGCUACUUCUUCCUGGACGACACGGACCAAGAGAGCAUGAAGGACUUUGAAAUUGUGGACCAGCCCGGAGUGGACAUUUUCGGCCAGGUGUAUAACCAGUGGAAGAAUAAGGAGUGUGUGUGUCCCAACUGCAGCCGGAGCAUCGCCGCCUCGCGCUUCGCCCCUCAUCUGGAGAAGUGCCUGGGCAUGGGGCGCAACAGCAGCCGCAUCGCCAACCGCAGGAUAGCCAGCGGCAACAACACCAACAAAUCCGAGAGCGAUCAGGAGGACAACGACGACGUUAAUGACAACGACUGGUCCUAUGGCGCAGAAAAGAAAGCCAAGAAGAGAAAGGCAGAUAAGAAUCCAAAUUCACCGAGACGAUCCAAAUCACUAAAACACAAAAACACCAAAGAUCUGUCUUCGUCCUUCAGCUUCGCUGGAUCCUAAGCAGCGCCCGGAGUGAAUCUGUCACUAGGAGACCGGUUUCCACAGCAACGUCGUUCGAGAGCUACCCACGAUGCCAUGUGGUUCACCAUAAGGACGGAACGAGGAACUAAUCUGCGUCGAUUCUUCAUUCAGUUUACACAACUGUUCUGUCGUGUGUUUUUUUUUUUUUUUCUUCUUCUUCUUUUCUGGAAUAUUUGCACAACAAAUCAGUGUCCUAGUGUCGAUCGUGUUAGAUCCUCGGCAUGACGUGAGCGUGACUGGACAGCGGGAAGAGUUCAGGGAGGGAGUAAAGACACCGGCAGACGGAGGUCACUGAUGUACUUUCGCUCCUGUUCCUGCUGGAACGGUUGAGACAAGAGGAGUGAUCAAAAUCAAUCUUAAUGCUGCUUAUAUCACUCUUAUCACUCUUUUUUUGGGUUUUAAUCACAUUUUUGUGCAGAACCAAGAUUCAGACAGAUUGAAGUAUACAUUGUGCUUGGACUAGGAGUCAUUCUGAUCAUGUUAUUUUACCAGAAACUGGACUAUUAUGGACUUUAAUCUGGCAACUUGAAACACAUACAUAUUCCUCUUUAGAGAAUGAAUGAAUGAAUGAAUUUCUCCAUUUCCCCCCCCCCCCCCUUCCUCUCUGUGUACUCGAUGUUUACAGUGUAAAGGAAUUAUGUGUCUUGGCUGUGUUGUAACUGUACAUAUAUUUGACUCGUUGGGGAAAAUGCUGCUACACUGGCCAUGAGCCACAUGCUAACAGGCAUGUCACACACACGUAAUAAACAUGACUCAAUA